GUCACCUUGCAAUCUCGCAUUCCUCCGAUCUCUCGAGCCUUUCUUCCUCGUCCCGAGAAGCCCCACGAAGAGCAGCGGCGGCAAUGGACUCCACCGGCACCGGAGCUGGCGGCAAGGUGAAGAAGGGAGCAGCUGGGCGCAAGACCGGCGGGCCGAGGAAGAAGGCGGUGUCGAGGUCCGUGAAGGCCGGGCUCCAGUUCCCCGUCGGCCGUAUCGGGCGCUACCUCAAGAAGGGCCGCUACGCGCAGCGCGUCGGCACUGGCGCCCCCGUCUACCUCGCCGCCGUCCUCGAGUAUCUCGCCGCUGAGGUUCUGGAGCUCGCCGGCAACGCGGCCAGGGACAACAAGAAGACCCGCAUCAUCCCCCGCCACGUGCUCCUGGCGAUCCGCAACGACGAGGAGCUCGGGAAGCUGCUCUCCGGCGUCACCAUCGCCCACGGCGGCGUUCUCCCCAACAUCAACCCGGUCCUGCUGCCCAAGAAGACGGCGGAGAAGGCGUCCAGCGGCGGCAGCAAGGAGGCCAAGUCGCCCAAGAAGGCCGCCAAGUCCCCCAAGAAGGCAUAGAGGGUGGGCUUAGAUCCAAUGUCUAGCGCCGUUUCGUGUUUUCAUGUGAUUGAUGUUUAGGUUGUAGAUGUGGAAAAGUUGUGGUCGGAGAUGAACCAGUGGUGUCGUGACUUGUGAUCUGUGGUUUUCAAUGAAGAAAUUACUGGUUAAACUUAACACGAUGUGCCUGAUUUCU